GCAAUCGCGUAACUCUUGUUUGUCGGUGUAAUUUUGUUGGCUACCCUUAACGACGGCCCUGCGACGGCCUGCCUGAGGUGUCCCCCCCACCUAGUCCCAACCACAACCAAGAAAAUGGCUGCGGUUGUGUCCUUACGAAAUGUUCUUCUAGCUCCAAGGUCACAGCCUGGUGUCAUAGCAUGCAUUGGUUUUCAGCACUCCUCGUACAGUAGUGAUUCUCGAAUAAUUAAUCCUCCCAAUUUGGCUUCUUUGAAGAGGGGAACAGGUGGUAGAUCAAGCUUCAAUGGCAUAGUUUGUACAGUUUUUGGCGCUAGUGGCUUUUUGGGCCGUUACGUGUGCAACCGAUUGGGGAAAAUUGGUACUCAGAUAAUAAUUCCAUAUCGAGGAGAUCAUUAUGAUGUUAUGCGAUUGAAGCUAGUGGGUGAUCUUGGGCAAGUUUUGUACCGACCUUUUCACUUAUGUGAUGAAGAAUCUAUUCGUAAAGCAGUGAAGUAUUCUAAUGUAGUUAUUAACCUGAUUGGUCGGGACUGGGAAACGAAAAACUUCAAAUUUGAUGAUGUUCAUGUAAACGGAGCUAGGCUUAUUGCUCGUAUUUGCCGUGAAGAGGGGGUGAAGAAGUUAAUUCAUGUGUCUGCCCUUAAUGCAGCUGAACGUCCUAAGCCAUGUAUAUUGCCUAAAGGCUCUGGGUUUCUGGCUAGUAAGUGGCGUGGAGAACAAGCUGUCAGGGAAGAGUUUCCUGAUGCAGUUAUUUUCCGACCAGGAACUAUGUAUGGGCAAGAAGAUCGUUUCUUGAGAUGCUAUGUUCAUCUUUGGCGCCGCCAGUUAACUUUUAUGCCUCUUUGGAAGAAGGGUGAAUGCACAGUUAAGCAACCAGUGUAUGUUAGUGAUGUUGCACAGGGUAUUGUGGCAGCUGUCAGAGAUCCAGACACUGCUGGAAAAGUUUAUCAAGCUGUUGGGCCCAAACGUUAUCUCCUGUCUGAACUUGUAGAUUGGAUGUACAGAAUCAUUCGUCGAGAUGGAAAAUGGGAUUAUCUCAGAUAUGACAUGCGAUAUGAUCCUAUCUUUCAGGCACGAGUAACAUUGACUGAAAUGAUUUGCCCUGGUUGGCCUGUGGGCUACCUUCACUGGGAAGGAAUAGAGAAAGAUCAUGUGACAGAUGAUGUGAAAGCCGGAGUUCCAACUUUGGAAGAUUUAGGUGUUACCCUCACAGACACGGAGAGACAAGUUCUGUGGGAACUGAGACCGUUUAAGGCUAAUGCUUAUUAUGAUGAAGAAUUGGGAGAGUUUGAGAAACCUACUCCACCUCGAGUGGCUGUAUAAUUGUUUUCUGCUAUUAAAUAUUUAUAGAUACUAUGUAAUAUGUUGUAUAAUUGUGAAAUAAUACUGCUAGCCUAAACAAUUUUAGACUUUUUUUUUUUUUUUAAUGAUUUGUAAUUGAUUUGUGCAUGUGCCAUUGAAUGGUCCCCUUACAAUAUCUGAAAAAUUCCAAGAAAUUUGUACUCGUUUUGAAAUGUUCAUGUUUUUACCAAUGUUGGGAUUUAAGGGCUGUCCUUAAAUUACAUAAUGCAAAUUAGGAGUAUUAUAUAGUAUUCUGUUUUAGUAUUUAUAUUACAUAGUAUUCUGAAAACCCCCUCUCCUCUCUAUAAUGUGCACUUGAAUCAUCCUCCAAUAAUUAUGUAACAUUUGCAACAAUUCAGUUGUUCUUUAGAAGUGUAAAAUUGAUAUUAUGAACAUGAAACAUGCCGUUACAUACUUCAUUUACAGCAUUUAACAAUUAAUAAUAUGUUAUUACUAUACUGUCUUAAUAUAUGCUGGGUCCUUUACAAAGGCAAUUGAACAAACAAGUGCUCGUGGCGAUGGUGUAACGGUUAGCGUACCGGACUGUUGUACCCAAGUUGGGGGGUUGAAACCCGAUCGAAGCUGUGGAUUUUUAAGGGUGAAAAAAUCCUUCGGAGGGGAAGUAAAGUUUAGUAGAUUUACUUGCAUGUUAAAGAUCAAGCUGAGAUGACGCCUCUGCGCUAAAUUGAAAUCGUCUGUUUCUUGCCCAAGGAAUAUCUUCUUUAUCUGCUAGCUGGUGAAAGGAGCGUAGCGAAAUUUGCAUGGUCAGACUGAAGAGCAGGCCUCAUGGCCUGAGUCUCCCCUCGUAAAAUAAGGCAUUAAUUCAA